AGCAAAACCAGUUCAGUCCGUGCCCGGCUGCCGUGAGCGUCGGUCGUCGUUCGCAGGAGUGACGCUGUCGCGUUGUGUUACGAAAAAAAAAACAUCUUUUGUACCAUAACCAAACCAGUGCUGUGGAUUCCAUUAUAUAGUGCCCCUGUGAGAUUGUGUUCGUAUUGUGAUGUUGCGUUCAGAUGUUAUAGUGUCGGAUUUCUCUUGAAAAGUGUGGGACGGGUGAGCCUGCCGCCGGACGCCUUUUCUCUCAGAACUCGGGAUAUCAUUAAGGUACCUACAGAAUCUGUACUCCUCUGUUCGAGUAAGGGUCAGCAAAUAAUAAAUCAGAUGCCAACACAAGAUGAACCGGCGAUUUGACCUCAACACAACAAUUUAACAAAAACCCAAAUCACCAACCAACCAUGUUGGACACCAAACACCUAGAACCACUAGAGAAGGUGGUCAACACCAAGAAGAAGAGUCUUCUAGACCUCAAAUCUCUAUUAGAAGAUAGAGGAGGCACCAUACCCAGUAAUGGAUAUAAAAGAAAAGUCUUCUCAGAAGACGAAUCUAGCAAUAAUAGUGUUUAUCGGUUAGACAAUAAAGUUAGUUUUCGUGAUACAAGUCUUAGGGUAAAACAUACGGGGUGUAGUGGCAGUAUACGGGGGUGCUGUAGACUUAAGACUUUAGUGUUCGUGUUAUUAGUGGGGUGCUUUGUGGAUACCAGGCUACAAGCGGAGGCGAGGAGUUCAGAACCAAGAUAUGAAACAGCGUACGCGUGCGAAGGGAAGACACUGAAGAUCGGCUGCGGCGAGGGGUCGGUGAUCCACCUCAUCAGGGCCAACUAUGGGAGGUUCUCCAUCACCAUAUGCAACGACCAUGGCAACACUGACUGGAGUGUCAACUGCAUGAGCACGAGGAGUUUACGGGUUUUACAUAGCAGAUGCAGUAUGCACCAAAACUGCAGCAUACUGGCGAGCACGAACAUGUUCGGUGAUCCGUGUCCGAACACGCUGAAGUACUUAGAGGCUCACUACCAAUGCGUGCCAGCAUCAACAACUAGCACAACAACAAGGCCCUCCCCUCCUUGGUUGAUAACCUCCCAGCCAACGGUUUGGAGGUCGACCGCACCGCCAGUGCCCAAAAGUCCAGUGAUCUCGCCAGAGAAGAAGAAACCAACUGUGAUCACACCGCCUACCUUCAGACCUCAUAUUACACUACCUCCCGAAGUUCAAUUUGGAAAUAUUGGCACAAAGAAAACAACAACCAGACAACCAGAUUCUUCAUCAGAAAAAGAACCGCCUCAAGUGGAGAAGAUACCAGAUAUUAAAGAGGAAAUUCUUAAAGUCGCUGAACCAGACAGCAGUCCAAAAAUUGACAAACCGAAACCUAAAGAUGAUGACAUUUUAGCUGCUACUGAUGAAACUCUUCAUUGGGCGCCCAAAGACGAAGUAGCUGACCCAACAGUACAUAUGCCGCCCAAAGAGAAUCGACCCUUGGUCAUUGAUGUUAUUGAUGAAUUUGAAAAAGCAUUCUCAACAAUAGCUACACCAGCCAUCGGCAGGCGCGCCUUUUGUCCGCAAAUCAACGCUCGCGGCCUUCAUUGGAACUGGACCCUCGCUGGCACCUACGCUGUACAACCCUGCCCUGGUGGUGCCACUGGAUUGGCACGAUGGAAAUGCACCCUCACUGCUCACCCAUAUAUUGAGGAACAACGACCCAGAAGACGCGGCAGUUCUGGCUUGCAGUCUGGGGAAAACUUCCACGACCUUGGGCUUGAUCCGCCCAAUGAGAGACAGUUGCAGCUCAUUCGGAGGCUGGGGUCAGAAGCAUUGCUUAAAGGUCGUGAUGGUGACUCUCCAGAACAUAUGAUAGAUUACCGCGGAGUAGCAAAUAUUCCUGGCAUUCCCGAAGUUCAAGCAAGCCUUAACAAUCUGAUUACCACAGGAGAAUUGCUUUAUUCGGAUGCUAUACCAGAAUGGCACGGCGCUACACCAGACCUCAGCGAGUGCAGAUCAGUUUGGCUCAACAGCUUGGAGGCCAGGGUCAGGGAGGGAGAAUCACUCUUGAGCAUCAGCAACGAUUUAGCUCAGGUUACAUCAUCCAAAACCCUGUACGGUGGAGACAUGAUGACAACGGCUAGCAUAAUGAAGAAGCUCGCGCAGCGAAUGUCUCAGAAUGUGCAGACGUUUAACGACCUGCACCAGAAGGAGGCCCUGGUCACUGACAUGCUGCUCGGUGUUAUUAAAACAGGUUCAAAUCUACUAGAAGAAAGUCAACGUGCGUCGUGGUCAGACCUUAGCACGGACGCACAGAACAGAGUAGCGAGCGCCCUUCUGACCCAGCUAGAAGAGAACGCGUUUCUGUUAGCAGACGCUGUUACCAAAGAGAAGACCAUCUUACAGAUUGUGAAGAAUAUUUGUCUUUCAGUAAGAGUUCUAGAAGUAAAGAAUGUUGAAGACGAGACAUUUCCAUCGGUCAUCGCACAAGAACAGUGGAAGGCUUCGGAGGAUACUAUUACUAUACCAAAAGCUGCUUUACUAGAAAACCAUCAAGUCGACCUGGUCAGGAUAGUAUUUUUCGCCUUCGAUCGUCUAGAAGAGAUCCUCCCACCAACAUUCGGCAAGAGCCCACAAUUUGCCGCCUACACGUCAGACCCCGCUUCGUCUACCAGCAUCAACUCUGAACGGGAGAAGAAAAACAUCACAAGAGUUUUGAAUUCCAAGGUUAUAUCAGCAAGUUUAGGCAACGGCAGACACAUCCAACUGUCACAAAUGGUGCGACUCACUAUGAAGCAUUUGAAGACUGAAAACGUCACCAAUCCAGCCUGCGUUUUCUGGGAUUAUACUUUACACGGCUGGUCUCACGAAGGUUGCCAAGUGGAGUGGUCGAACCUGACACACACGGGUUGCGCUUGCUCCCAUCUCACCAACUUCGCGAUACUGAUGGACGUGCACGGCGUGACGUUGAGCGCGACCCACCAGAUGGCGCUGCGACUGGUUACCGUUAUUGGUUGCGCCAUCUCGGCGGUCGCGCUGCUGGCUGCCAUUAUUGUGUUCCAGUGUUUCAGGAAUAUGAAGUCGGAUCGCGUGCUAAUCCACAAGAACUUAUGCGCGUGCCUGUUGAUUGCCGAGGUGGUCUUCCUCUGCGGCAUCGACCAAACCCAGGACCGAAUCAUGUGCGGCAUCAUCGCUGGACUCCUACACUACUUCUUCUUGGCUGCCUUCGCUUGGAUGUUUCUAGAAGGCUUUCACCUAUACGCGAUGCUAGUGGAAGUAUUUGAGCCCGAAAGGCCCCGAGCGCGCUGGUACUGUGCAGGCGCCUACUUGGCCCCGGCCUUGGUGGUUCUGGCCUCGGCCUCAUCCUUCCCCACCGGCUACGGAACCCCCCACCAGUGCUGGCUCACCACGGAGCGGUGGUUCAUCUUGAGCUUCGUGGUGCCAGCCGGUUUGGUGUUAUUGGCCAAUUGGUUGUGCUUGAUCUUCGUGAGUUACUUGAUGUGUCGGCAUUCCACGGUCUCUAUCAAAGCUAAAGAAAACUCCAAAUUAUAUAAAAUAAGAGUGUGGUUGAACAGUUCAGUCGUCUUGGCAGUCUUGCUGGGCCUGACGUGGACCUUCGGUCUUUUGUACCUGAACGAGCAGAGUGUGGGCGUGGCCUACACUUUCACGAUACUGAACUCCUUGCAGGGGCUGUUCAUAUUCAUCUUCUACUGCUUGCAGAAUGAAAUUUUCCAAAAAGAAUGCGCCCGUCUCUGUCGCCGGCACCCGUGGCUGUCGUGCUGUCUCACUCUGACGGGCACGCCCCCCACGCAGUCGUCCAAUCACGUGGACACGCGGCAGGGCUCUGUGAAGAGCCGCCGCUACCACCAGAGCACCGCCGACAAUGAGGAUGUUGUCGACCCUAGAGAUGUCACGAGCUACAGCUUACAACCAGAGGUGUCAAGGUGGAAUAUACGCCCGACUGCGCCAAUAUACGUACCGAAUGAAGAAAUCAGAAAUGCCCGAGUGCCAACCCCACAGAACAUCCCGCAUAGCUCGUCUCAUCCCCACAGCAUUGCUUCAAUGCAUAGCUACAGGAAUAAUAUCGAAGUGCCGAACGAUUACCAGAACCUUCGAUCGCGGUCGCCAUCUUGUUACUCCAACAAAAUGGCGGCGUCGAUUGGCGCGAACGAUUGGGCGCUCGUCGCCAACACGAGCGGUGUGUGGAAGAACACUUCUUCUAAGCAUCACCCGGGGAAUACGGCAACGCUUCCACACCACGACACACUCUCCCGCCAGAUGGCGCAGCAGAGUCACAUGCACAGUCCCUACCCUGAGUGUGACGCCCAACUCGCCCCUGGCUCCCCUCGCCAUGUCAUCAAAGACGAAGAAAGUCCCCUCCACUACCCACAAGGUCACCAAACGACCCGGAGCUACAACCACGACUUCAGAAACCCACACGUGUACAUGUCCCAACACUCCCCUGGAAGCCAAGAGAUGAUAUUCCGCAAACAUUACAAAGACGAGAACCGACGCAAGCACCACCACCACCACGGCAGCCAGAAUAUAAACCACACGUACUCUGAAAUAGCGUCCCAACAGGGCAGGAUAUACAGGCGAGGCAGUGAAGAAUUUCGGGUGAUUCAAGACGACCCCGUUUACGAAGAAAUCGAAAGGAAUGAAACACUUAUGUCAGAUAUAUCUGACGAUAAUUCUGGCCCUGACAAUUGCAGGCAGAAUCCUGGACACCACGGCUCGACGAGCUCAAAAUUUUUUGGCGACCAUCGCCCUUUGAUCUCCUACAGUCCCGGGGAGAGACAUCACCACGAGCAAGACCAUUACGGCAAAUAUGGCAAAUGGGAUACUUUGGAGAGGAGUUACGAUCCGAGACACGCGUACGAGAGCGGUCGGUUGAUGCACCCGUACCAUCAACCUCAAGAGAACAACAUGAGGGCAUUGGCAGCUGUUCUCAACGGAGAGAAUAAUGUGGUGUGUCACUUGGAACCGCACAAUUCCUACGACGUAUACCAACCACAGGCCGGCAACCCAAGAACUGUAUCGCAACCCAGUUUCUAAACCCGGUUCUGACGUAACGGAGUGUUUGAGUGAUAGUGAUGAACGUUCGAAACUUUGGAUAUAUUGUACAGAUAUAGCGAAUGAAAUUUUUCUAUGAACGUAGACAUAGAAGUUUUAGUGUCACUACCGAGUGAUAGCGUUUACGUAGAUCCUUGCCAUAAUGUGGACUUUAAAUUACAUAUAUUAUAUUUAUAGACGGUUAGAUGUAAACGUAAGUUUAAAUCACUUUUUCCACUGUGAUCCUAUUUAAAUAUAACGGCUCAACUUCAGUGUCGCGACCACGUUUUGUUUUGGACUGAGAGGCUGUUAUAGCCAGACAUCUCAUUUUGUGAAGGCUGUAACUUAGUCCUUUCAUAAUUAAGUACAGUAGCCAAUUAUUAAGUUUCAAAUAUGACGGCUUAGGAAGGUAGUAUGUUUCAAAGGUCCAGACACUCAACCAUUUAGAUAAAAGUGCAUUUUUUCUUAUUUUCUUCAGCAUAAUAUGAGAAAUCAAGCUCCAAGUUGCCAAUCUCUUAGUUUCGCCGUUUGCUACCAUUUGAAAAACACGGGUAAAGGCAUUUUAAAGAGAAUUUUCGAUUGCCAUGAAACUAAAGAUUUGGCGGCUUUAGAAAAUGUCAAAAAUUAUGUUUCGUUCUUUGACAAUUUGCGGGAACUUGGAAACCUCUUUCUGCCCAAAGCCGCCAUGGUCCAAACUCCAAAAUUAGCUACCGUACUUACCUAUAGUAGGAGAAAGUGCUGAUAAACUUAUAGUCUGCCUAAAAUCAGGAAUAUCUGACUCUGGCAGCCUCAGUCUAUUUGUAUCGCUGUGUCGAGCGAUUUUGUACAUAAUUAGCGUUUAGAAAUAGAUUUGUAUUACUUCCCGUGUGACCUUACUAUUUCUACUAUCGGAGGAUAUUCGGUAUCAUGGCAUUUCUCAAUAGUGCAUUUUAUUAUUAGGUUUUUGAAAAUCUGUGAUGUUUCAUUUGUAAGUUUUAAGUUUCUUUUAUGCCUUUGACAAAUUAAUUCACUGCCAUUUGUGAUGGGUGAUUCGUAUUACGUCACAGGACAGGGUAGGAGAUGUCUUUAGUAAAAGUUUACCUAUAUACAAAAUCUACCUUGAUUUGUUAUUUUUGUCAUCUACUUUAUUAUGAAUAAUGUAAGCUUUCUGUCUGACACAUAUACCUUUUUGGUAUUUGUAUUGAAUCUAAUGAACUAAAGGGUUAGUUUGCAUUUGGGAUUGGAGUUUUAUAAUUUUUGAAUCUCUAGGGGGGUUCUUGGUAGCUAAAAUGCCACAAAAGAUACAUUUGGUAAUAAUCCAUUCAAAUAAGACUAUGAAGGUUAGAAUAAUUCCCAUAGAGCUAAAAAUUGAUGUGAAUGUUCAGAAUACUAUUAUAAAUGAAUUGUUAAAAGUCACCAUCAAUUCCCUUUCUGCAAAAUUUAUUAUUGAUAGUGAAAAUUUGCAAAAAUAGGUUGCGUUUUUCAGCAAAACUGUGAGUUUUAUAGCAAAAAUAAUUUAGACAAAAAUUGUAGAUCAUUCGAUUCUCUACAAAAAAUGUUUUUUUUCAUAAGAAUAUUACAUUUCCGUGAAACAGCGGUUGAAAUAAUUGAAAUAUAUUUUCCCAAUUUUUGUUAAUUAUCUCGAUUAUCUUGUUAAUUGUGAUGUAAUACUUAGCCCACUUAAAUUUUAUAAUUGUUUUAUAUAUACCGACAUCGUGCGGCGGCUUUGUGGCUCUUUUUCAUGGAACUUUAAAAUCCAUCCAACCUAUUAUAGACUGACACCACUCGAUGUUGUGCACGUUUUCUGUACAUUAGAACUUAGUGGUAAAAUAAUUGUUUGUAUUGAGAUGAAGCGUUUAGCGUCUGUUGUAUUCAAUAUUCGAAUUUCGAACAUUUUUUUAAAUUCAACUAUACUCAGAGGCACAAUUAUCCGCCCACUUUAAUAUACUCGCGUCAUAUUAAAGUGGGCGGAUAAUUAUGCCUCUGAGUAUAUUUUCAGCAGUGAAAACUGUUGCAUUCUUUAGGGAGGGGUGGUGGUUUGAUCGCCGCCCCGUUGCUUUAUUGUACCCACUCCUAAUACAGUCUUUCCCGACUAGUUGGAAGGGAAUGGAAAUUAUGGUCAUCUUUAAAAAAAAAUUAAAAGUCAUGUUAGGUAUUUGUGAGUGUCCAUAGACAAUAUUUUUCACUCGUAUUCCCACAGGAACAGGAACUACUGCUAUAAUUAUUGAUAUAGCAUUUUUAUUAUGAUGUAAAGGAGAUGUCCCACUUUUCAUGCAUUGUUUGCCCCAGAAAAAAAAAGUUAAUGCGUCAUAAAGAAACUCUUACCUUGGUCAAUUGUUAUAUCUAUAUGAAUUGAUUCUAGAUAGCGGGGUUAUUGCGUAUUGAGUAUUAUAACAUCUCACAGAAUAUCUAUGAGAUGUUAUGAUACUCAAUACGCAACUUAAGGUAAAAAUUAAAAUUAUUUUGAAACUCCGCUAUUUCCUAAAUUUCUGUUUUUAUCUUUCAAUAUAAAAGUUGUAAGGUACAUUUAGCACAUUUAUAUUAUUGGGUCUUGAUAUUUUUCAUUUCACCUGGGGCAAUUUUGGGACAUUUCCUUUAUCUACAUAUCUAUUGACAAUAUUAAAAAAAUAAAUGCAUUUCUUUAUGUAAUUUUGCUAUAGGUUUUAAUAAAUGCAAUAGUUUUCACUGUUACAAGUUAUCUUUUAAUAUAAAAACCAUUGAAUUAAUACAGACUUUAGCUGUAACGUUUUUUCUUACCGUUCGUUUUUAUGCCAUGAAUUGUUUUAUAUAUGAAGAAAUAAAAUAAGGAAUUGUUUUAAUUAGAAUUGAUACAGGUACAAUAAUAGAAUGAACACUGAUUUCUUGUAUAUUUUGGAUCGAUUAAGCAAUAUAUAUUAGACUGAAGUGUUUUGUUAAAUGUUGGUCCCCUUAAAUACAAUAAUUUAUAAAAAAAAAAUGACGGCCAACAUUUAUGAAAUACUUUUUAAGAGGAAAUAUUAUAAUGAAAAAAUAUAAUAUUAUUAGUCCAAGAGCUGGUGAAGAAUUGUUCUAAAGUUUAUUCACGCCGACCCAAAUCUUGAUAUAAUAUUUUUAGGGAUAAUAAGAUAGCUACCUUUAAAGAAAGGUUCUAUUAAUUGAAUUAAAAGUGAAAAUGUUUUUAAGAUAUUAUUUAUUUAUUUCUCCCUAUCACACAACUAAAUUGAAACAAAAAAUUUUGUAAAUUAUUAGUAAUAAAAUUAAUGGAUUUUUUUUGAUUUUGUUUUAGUAAUUUGAAGUGUUUAUGUAAAUAAAAUAUUAAUAUUUUUAUUAUAUUUUUAGAUUGAUAUUAUUAUACAAUUCUUUAAAAACAGCUGCCAUUUUUGAAAACUAAUAUUUUUGGCGAUUUUUAUGUACCCAUUUAUUGUUAAUUCAUUUUUAAAAAUGUGGUUUUAGUAAUUUACGUAGCAGGGUAGGAUAUUAUCCAGUUUUAAUAAAAAAAAUAGUUUUAUUUAACAAUAUUUUUAUGCGAAGUUUUGAUCAGCACGAAUUGCUUUAUGCAAAUAGUUCACCAGCUCUUGGCCUAGCUGUGGGAAUGUUUAUUUUUUGUAAUUGGGUGUACUAGUCCAACUUUUCUCCCACUUGUCUUAACUAAAUGUAAUUUGUACAUGAGUCUGUGUAUUUCUGUUAUAGCGGCUGUUGCAUUUAAAUCGGACAAUGGUGAAGUAAUUUGAAAACGAAGGUAGUUUUGAAAUUAUAAUUAUGAAAUUUACAGUAUUUUACGUAUUUUUUUUAAUACCUACUUUGGUAUGUGCUUACGUUUUUUUAAUAUUUUUUGGAAAAAUAAUAAAUAUUUAUUUUAUUCAAAGACGAUUUUGUUGUAGUAGGUAUUUACAUUGUUAAAUACAAUGAGUGUUUUUAUUGAAUUUCCAAUAAAAAUAAUCUGCUUAGUAAGGAUUUUUAGAAGAAGGACUAAAUAUUGAAAAACAAAUAUUGUUUUUUUAAAUAAUAAUAAUCGACUGACAUGUUAUGAUAUGAGUAUGACGGAUUCUCUUUGAUGUAAUUUGAAUUACUUUUCAAGAAGUAUUUAUUACUACAAUGAAUUAAAAUUUAUUUAUUUAUUUUUAUUUUAGUUAUUUACUAAAUCUUCGACUUUUGAAGGUAAAAGUAAAUUGACUUUAAUGUAAAUUAGUAUGAGUUGGUACAUUUUACAUUGAGUUAUAUUAUUUGGAAGAAAAUAUGGAAAAUCAAUAUGAAGAAUAUGGAUUUAUUAUUUAAUAACAAUUUCCUACAUAAAUUCCUUUGUUUCUAAAUAUCUUCGUAAUGUCCUAUAUAAAUGUAACACUUUGUAUAUUAUUUUUUGUUUUGAUUGUAUUUUAAUAACGUUGAGUAUAUUAAUGUAAAGUAGGUCGAACAGAAUGUGUAAAUAAUUUAAAGUUUAUAUAAAUAAAGAGUGGCUGUUCUGUGAGGACAACCGCAAAAUGA